AUGCCGAAAUUCUUCUGCGACUACUGCGAUGUCUACCUCACACACGACUCGAUGAGCGUGCGGAAAGCGCACAACAGCGGCCGCAAUCACCUACGCAACGUCGUCGAUUACUACCAACAGAUCGGGCAUGAGAAGGCACAAUCAGUGAUUGAUAGCAUCACCAACAGUUAUGCCGCAGAAGGACACGCUGUACCCAACAUGGGCGCGCCAGGAAUGGGAGGACCGCCAGGCUUCCCACCAAACGGCAUGCCAGGCUUCCCGCCGCCAAUGCCAGGAGCCAUGCCACCAGGAAUGCCACCUUUCCCACCGGGAGGCUUCCCUCCCAUGGGUCCAGGAGGACGCGGUAUGCCACCAGUCCCACCAGGCUUUCCUCCCCCACCGAAUGGCUUCCCGCCUGGUUUCAACCCACAGAACAUGCCACCAUUCCCACCGAACGGCACACCCAGCCACGGCUCACCUCCAGCUGGUAUGCCUUUCCCACCUCCAGGAGGCUUCCCGCCGCACAUGCCCCCGAACUUCAAUGGUCAAGGUCCGGGUCCUGGCCCUGGACAGCACAUGAGCCCGCCACCUGGCGUGCGAGGUCCGGGAUUGAGCAAUGACAGAUAG